AUGGCUACCCUGUUGUUGGGAAUAGAGUGGACAACCCUUCGACAUCAGAUAGCUCCCCACCGCAGCAAAAUCCAGGUCCUUCCCUCAGACUCCCGCGAGACUUGUCACAACGGCCAUGCUCGAGGCAAGGAUGAACAGCACAAGGCUGUGUGGGCCGACAACAUCGACUCUGAUUUCGUCGGGCCGGACGGCAUUGUCCUCGAUGAUAAGGAGACUUUUGCUGGAGCAGAUCUAGCUCGUGCCCUCGAAAUAUUUCCUGAACAGCGUCGGGAUACCGCUUUGAGGGAGUUGAGAGAACUAUUAGCUGAUAGUGAUGUGGAGGACGAAGGGGAUUGGGAACUUGACGUGGGACUGUAUGGCGUGUACCACUCGUACUGUGUAAUGACGCAUCCUUUGAUCGAAGAUGAGGAGGCUCUUGAUGGCGGUGAGCUGUUGCAUGUUUUCUUUGGACGAUUGUGGGAAUGUGGUGAGACAGUGGCGAACGGAGAAGGACGGCGGAGAUGA